CAUAGUUCAACGUAGAUCUACCAAAGCUUGUUCCUCUAGCGCUAAGCUUCACAGUACUUUAUUAUUCUUUUUGCUAUUUCACCUUCCUGUCCCGUAAAACGCCUGCGUUUCAUCACCCAAACCCUCCCUUCUCCUUCUUCCUCCCGAUUCCAGAUUAAGAUUUGUCCAUGAACCCGAGUUUUGAAUUGUAGCGUCGUCGAAUUAUUCCUCGUAGAAAGAAAGAAGUUCAUAUCGAGUUAAUUGCAAGAAUUCGUUUGCUAUAUUGUUUUACGAAGAGCGAGGGAGGAAGAAAAUGCCAGUGAAACCGGGGCAAUCGUCGUAUCGCGAUCGCACGCAAGAAUUUUUUAGCAUAGCGGAGAGGCUAAAGAAGUCCUUCUCAUCGGCCGACAAUGCGGCAUCGAGUAGAAUUAGUACUAGCCCCGCCAAACCUGAGGAUCGGCGAUCUGCCUUGGCGAUUCAAUCAGAGUUCAACAAGAGGGCAUCGAAGAUCGGGUAUGGAAUCCAUCAGACGUCGCAGAAACUGGCAAAGCUAGCGAAAUUGGCAAAGAGGACAUCAGUGUUUGAUGAUCCCACUCAAGAGAUUCAAGAGCUGACAGCAGUGAUAAAGCAAGAUAUCACUGCACUUAAUUCAGCUGUAGUAGAUCUUCAACUUCUUUGCAAUACUCAAAAUGACAGCGGGAGUAUCUCAAGUGACACCACAUCCCAUUCAACAACUGUUGUAGAUAACCUAAAGAAUCGCUUAAUGAGUGCUACAAAGGAGUUCAAAGAAGUCCUCACCAUGCGGACAGAGAAUUUGAAAGUUCAUGAGAAUAGAAGGCAGAUAUUUUCUUCCACUGCUUCAAAGGAAUCUUCAAAUCCUUUUGUUCGUCAGCGUCCUCUUGCAGCCAGAUCAGCUGCUAGUGUAUCUACACCUUCACCUCCUCCAUGGGCUAAUGGUUCUGCAUCAUCAUCCCAGUUAAUUCCAAGCAAACAAGGAGAUACUGAAGCUCAACCACUGUUGCAGCAGCAGCGACAACAGCAGCAACAGAUGGUGCCGCUACAAGACAGUUACAUGCAGAGUCGAGCUGAAGCCCUUCAUAAUGUAGAAUCAACCAUUCAUGAGUUAGGCAACAUCUUCACACAACUCGCAACUAUGGUUUCACAGCAAGGAGAAAUUGCAAUCAGGAUUGAUGAGAACAUGGAUGAGUCACUCGCAAAUGUUGAGGGUGCACAGACCCAACUGGUGAGAUACCUUAACAGCAUUUCAUCCAACAGAUGGUUGAUGAUUAAGAUAUUCUUGGUUCUGAUUGUAUUUCUCAUGAUUUUCUUAUUUUUUGUGGCAUAAUAACAAUGUAAACAAAAUAGAGAGGAAUAGAGAAGAAAACAAAAGGGAAGCAUUUUGUCCUCUUUAUUUGGUUUCUACAACAAGUUUAUUCUUUACUACGAGUAUAAAAUUUAGAGGUGCUCUUCUUGGGACAAAAUUGUAGGGACGGUAUGUAUUGUGUAUUCAUAUGAAAAUCCAAUGGAAAGUGUUAUGAAAAA